AUAAUAUUUCUGAAAUCCUUAAAUAUUUCUAACCAAUAUAUGUUUUGAAGUACAAAUCCAAUUUUAGCAAUUACUACUACUGAACUGGGAGCUGGAACUAGUCACAAGCAGCAAACUUGGUCAAGUAACGUGUUCAACUCAGAGUCGUGUUACAGAAACACAUUAAUUCUUCAUUAGUAAUCUAAUUUAUCGAAUAUGACUGCAGCACUCUGGUUUUAGGAACAUAGUUCAUAAUCUGGUCACGGACCAGGCCUUUAAUUUUAAUAUUGCAAAUAACAUCUGAGCGGUUGUUUCCCACAGAUGGAGAAACCUUAAAUCUUGGAAGAUCCUUCCUGAAAAGCUUUGCAUGUGGACUUCUUUGCACAAAAACUGUUGGUGUGCAAAAAGUUAAACUUUUCAUUUAACAGAGUGAUUGUUAUUUUUAAAAUCAGCUUUAAAUCUGUUUGAAUGUAACAUGGUGGAUAUUUUGAAUUAAAGAGUUUAUUUUCUAACCCAAUGAGGACCUAAUUGAUAAGGGAAAUUGAUCCAAAAUACUUUAUCAAAAGUAUUUUUCCCCUUCAAUAUUUCUUCUGUUUUUACUUAAAUGUUUCAGAUUAAACCAACAGCAGUUUCCAAAUUAUAAUUGCAUUUUUAAAGCAAGAACAAUAUGAUGCAGGCUAUCUUUCUUCAAAAAAGAAAUUGUUGCCUAACCAUAAAACUGUGUUGUUGACAACAGCACAGAUUUAGGCCAUGAACUAAACCAUGAAAAUAGCCCAAGAUUAAUAAUAAUCAGUUCUCUUGAUGUCCUUAUAAUGAGAUACAUCUUGAUAUAUUACAGGCUACUUAAGACUUUGCAGCAUUUUGUUUAUCAAUUACAAAAUAUUAUAAUUUUAUUACACAUUACUUUUGCACUACAUGGGAAUUUACCUUGUAGCAACAACUGACUGCUGAAACGUAGCCAGAGUUUCUCCCAGUGUAUUAUAAGCAUGGGCGGAUUUAUUUGUGCCCCACCCUGCUUAGCAUAGCUUAUUUAUUUAAUUUCCUUUUUAAAGGCUUGCAUUUUUAAAGAUUUUAUAGUUGGUGUCCAGGUAUUAAUCUUCCAAUAACACAUAAAUAUCAAGGGAUAUUAAAAAAUGUUCUGUCAACUUUAAAAAAUGUUUUAAUUCCAAAUAAAGGACAGGCUGCUGGGUGAAUGACUCCCCUAGGACCCAAACACCAGGCUUAGCAAAUGUUUCUGGGGAAAACCCUGACAAAUCUAAAAAUAACAUUUGACAUUUGAUUUUGUAACAAGGAUAGUCUUGUUACAAAAUAAAUACAAGAAAGUACAAAAUACAAGAUGUUCCCCAUCCUACAAGACUGACUUAAGAGAUCUGGCCAGUCACGUGAAGGCAGAAAUUCAGUUUUUGUUCGGUCCUUCAUGCAUAGAAGUGGCAGACAGGAGAAGUCAGGUGGAUGAAAAGAAACAAAUAUUCGUGAUAAUAGCAGAAGGAGAAUACGUUUGGGAAGAAGCUCUAAUCCAGUGAAACCCAACAGUCUGCUGAGCUGACAACCCUGGGGGCUGCCGAUCCAAGAUGAAAGUCACUGCUUUCCUUUUCCUUUGCAUGACCCUGCUCCACCAGGGACACAGCAACUCAUGUCAGAACCGGUGUGGGCUUGGAAUAGACAGUAGUUACUCCUGUCAGUGCAACACGGCUUGUGAGAGGUACAACGACUGCUGUUCCGACUAUUACGCACUAUGCAAAGAGGCACCUCUGUCUUGUAAUGGCAGGUGUGGCGAAAGCUACAACUCUCAGAAUCUGUGCCACUGCAACUCCCAGUGCACCAAGUACAACAACUGCUGCAAGGACUAUUCAAGCUACUGUUCAACUUGUAAUGUUAUUGCUGCCAUCACUGACGCUGAGAUCAAGGCUCUGUCUGAGACGCUUUACAUCUUGGACAGAAACAAGGCCUCAUCCUCUCAGCUGAUCCUUGACCCCCAAGCCCUGGUGGCGGACUCACAGACCAGCUCCCAGUUGGAUCUCUCCCCCAGACCGUUGUACAAGUACGUGGAUGAAAACAACUUGUUCUCCCGCCCAACCUACGCCGCCUUUUUGAAUGUUCUCGACAACUACAAGAGGAUCACCGGACAGACGGAGAGCUUCACCGCUCAGCAGCUGACCGAGCAGGAGACGUUCCUCAAGGAGACAAUGCUGAACACCGAGCUGGGCAGAGAGCUGUUUGUAUUCCUUUACACCAAAGGUGUUUAUAAAUCAGAGGCAGAGUUCAUCCAGGACCUGAAGAACAUGUGGUUCGGUCUCUACUCCCGCAACAAUGGCGCUAUGGACUCCAGCGGUUUUGAACACAUCUUUGCAGGUGAAAUCAAGGGAGGAAAGGUGUCUGGUUUCCACAACUGGAUCCAGUUUUAUCUUCUUGAGAAACAAGGGAAGCUGAACUACUACAGCCACAGCUUCGACGGGCCUUGGUCUGGUUAUCCUGAUGUUUUGGGACUGCAGUUCAAGUGGGACGGCUACUACAAGCAGGUGGGCUCUGCAGUGAUUGGCAGCAGCCCUGAGUUUGAUUUUGCCCUCUACACCCUUUGCUACAUCGCUCGGCCUGGGAAAUAUUGUCGCCUCAGUCUGGGAGGAAAAGAGCUCAUCAUACAAACUUACACCUGGGAAAACUCUUUCUAUGGAAAUGGAAAGAAGUACAUCGCCUCAGCCUAUCCGGUAUCGAUGUAAAACAGAAAAGAACUGAAGUGGAAAUUACCACAACUUUACCAUUUCCUUCUCUACAGGCUGCAAUAAAGCAAAAAUCGUCUGAAAAUCUGAA